AUGGUAACCCCACCUCGCCAGCGGAUCCGUGGGGCUUCUUUUAAACAGGAGUAUCAGUCCGUUGUUGCGCGGAGGUCUCGACAACGUGCCCCUUCAAUGAAUCAGGAACUAAACAGUAAAUGGGUUCUUCCCGAACAGGAAGAAAGAUUUCGAGGGAAGCUGACUUUAGCUCUUGACCUUGAUGAAACCUUGGUAUAUGCAAGAGAGGGACCUCUUUACGCUCGUCCUGGGCUGGACGAAUUUUUUAACCUUUGCAAAGAGAAAUGUGUUGAGGUCGUUGUUUGGACGGCGGGUCUUCGAGCAUAUGCCCAGGCAAUUAUAAGAAAUAUUGAUAAGGGAAGGGUAAUAUGCCAUUGUAUAUACCGUCACAGCAAAUGGUUUACGGGUUACGCAGGUUAUCAAAAGGAUCUAUCCGCUCUUGGUAGACCUCUUGACAGAGUGCUUAUCAUUGAGAAUACGCCAGAUUGCAUUCGAGGAUACCAACAAAAUGGCAUUCUUGUGGAAGAUUAUGAAGGUGGUGAAUCCGCUGAUAACACUAUUCCCGCUCUUAUAGACCUUGUCCGAAACCUGUGCGAUAGUUCAAUGACUGUGCCUCAAUUUGUUUCUUCUUGUCCAAUGCUUAGGCAGGCCUCGAUUCAGACAGAUCUUGGGGAUUUUAUCAAUGUUUAUAAAUUGGAUGUGGCGGUUUGGAAGCCAGGUGAGCACGUUCGUGUCAAUCGUGAUUUGGCACCGUUGGCGGGGCAGGCAGCAGCGCGUGAAUCGACUGAACAAAGUGAAAUCGCUAGAACCGAUGUAGCCGGAACGCGUCGAUGA